AUGAAGCCUGCGUCAUUCUUAGCAGUUAGAUGUUUGCAUAAGUUAGCGGAAAUUGAGAGAGUGAAUUAUCCUACCGCGGCGGAAGUAGUCAUUACCAAUUUUUAUAUGGAUGACCUAUUAGCAAGAGAAUUGUUGGCAAAGGGUGGCUUUAGCAUACAUAAAUGGAAAACUAAUUUAGUUAGUGAAAAUGAAAAUACAAGAAACGAAAACGUAGAUAUUACAAAGGAAGUAGAGUCAAGAUUAUUAGGGGUAUUGUGGAAUCCUCUUAAAGACACAUUUCAAUAUGAAAUAUUACAAACAAAGGACGAUCAACGUGUAACAAAGAGAACAGUGUUAUUGCAAAUAUGUAAACUCUUUGAUCCAUUAGGGUUAGUAGGACCCGUAAUAACGUCAGCAAAGAUAAUAAUGCAAGGUUUAUGGAGUCUAGGCAUCGAAUGGGACGAGUCCGUUCCCAUGCACAUUUAUAAAAGUUGGGAACAGAUCAAAACACAGUUAGGAUUACUUAAUAAAUUACAAAUACCUAGGCUUAUAGUUUCCGGGAAUAACGAGUCUCAAUUGCAAUUACAUGGAUUUUGCGACUCAAGCGAAAAGGCGUACGGUGCAUGCGUGUAUAUAAGAGAAAAAAAUAUGCAGGGAAAUAGCUCAGUCACACUAAUAUGUUCAAAAUCACGGGUUGCACCGAUGAAAACGCUAUCUUUACCACGGCUGGAAUUGUGCGGAGCAGUGCUGUUGACGGAGCUCAUGACUCGAGUGUUAGAGAGCUUAAAAUGCAAAAUAGAUAAAAGGUUCUAUUGGACGGACUCCAAAAUAGUUUUAGCGUGGAUAAAUUCUCCUUCACGAAAAUGGCAAGUAUUUGUCGCAAAUAGGGUCAGCGAAAUACAUAAUAAUUCCUCACCUGCCGAAUGGAGGCACGUUGGAUCUAAAGAUAAUCCAGCGGAUUUAAUAUCAAGGGGUACAACUCCCGAACAAAUAAUAAAGUCAAAUGUUUGGUGGAAAGGACCAUCCUGGUUAAGACAAGAUCUCGAUGCGUGGCCGGGGGAGGAAAAGCGUAAGAAGGGAACAAUAAGUGUAACGGAAAUCAAUGACGCGAAAUUAAUGAUAGUAAAGGCAGUACAAGCUGAGGAAUUUAAAGACGAGUUAAACGCGUUAAAGGUCAAUAAUAAAAUAGCUUCAAAAUCUAGACUUAUCGCUCUCCAUCCGUUCCUGGAUAAAGACGGAGUAAUAAAGGUAGGCGGAAGAUUAAAACACUCGAUGUUACCCGAAGAAAGCAAGCAUCCAAUGGUCAUUCCGUCGUCGCAUCACUUCACAACAUUGCUGAUGAUACACUACCACGAAAAAAUUACUACACGCCGGGUUCAAGUGAGCAGACCAUUCAUCAACUGCGGAGUUGACUACUGCGGCUCAUUUUACGUAAGAGAUCGGGUCCGCCGGAACGCAAAAAAAUACAAGACCUACGUGGCCAUAUUUGUAUGCAUGUCCACAAAGGCCGUGCACAUAGAAUUAGUGGAAGACCUGACCGCAGAAUCCUUUAUUGCAGCCUUGAAGAGAUUUACCGCACGACGAGGAAAAAUAAAAAACAUUUACUCGGAUAACGGCCGAAACUUUGUGGGCGCUGUACGCAUAUUGCAGGAAACAUUAGGAGACGAAGACUUCAAAAGAGUUGUCCAAGAGUUCGUUACAAGUGACCGAAUAAAUUGGCAUUUCAUACCUGCAAGAUCCCCUCAUCAAGGAGGUAUCUGGGAAGCGGCAGUGCGCUCGAUGAAACUACACCUCAAACGAACUAUCGGCGAGGCGUGCCUUACCGUAGCAGAAAUGACCACGUUUUUAGUACAAGCCGAAGCUAUAUUAAACUCUAGACCGUUGACACCACUAUCCGACGACCCUAACGAUAUGAGAGCUUUAACACCGGGACACUUUCUAAUCGGAGAACACCUGCAAGGCUACCCUGAACAGGAUCUGAGAAAGGUACCGGUCAAUAGAAUGGCGAGAUGGCAACAUACGGAGCAAGUUCGGCAGCAUCUAUGGUCUAGAUGGCAGAGAGAGUACUUAAAUACGUGCCAACAAAGGGGCAAGUGGCAAGCGGAUCCCUCUAGAAGUUUUACUGUUGGUCAAUUGGUGAUGUUAAAAGAGACAGACAGCAUACCUUUAAAAUGGGUACUAGCUCGAAUCGUGGAAAUACAUCCGGGUGCGGACGGAAUAGUGAGAGUCGUAGUUGUACGCACAGCCAGGGGCACAUAUAAAAGAGCAAUAACUAAUAUUGCGCCAUUGAUAGAGUAA